AUGCCAUUGCCGACCAUGGUUAGAAGCACCACAGCAAGUGGCGACAUCUUCCGUGUCCGCCUGAACUGCCUCGACAACUACCAGUCUGCUCCCUCCUCUCUGGACCCGCCACUAUGGGGCGCCUCUACCCAUGCCUCCACGCAACGAGGCAACCUGCCCAACGUACCAGUCAUCCGCGUCUUCGGCGCAACAGAAACCGGCCAGAAAGUAUGCGCCCAUGUCCAUGGAGCAUUUCCGUACCUCUACAUCCCCUACACCCAAUCGCGAGAGGCGGCAGAAGUAGAGGGAUAUCUCGGCACUCUCCGUCACUCCCUCGACCACGCCCUCGCUCUCUCCUACCGCCGCAAUCCCUACGACUCCAACCCCAAGCACACCACCUUCGUCGCGCAUCUGAGCCUGGUGAAAGGGAUUCCCUUCUUCGGCUAUCACGUAGGCUACAAAUACUACGUCAAAAUCUACCUCCUCAACCCCAUGCAUAUGACGCGUCUGGCGGAUUUGUUGCAGCAGGGUGCGGUGAUGAAGCGGAUGUUUCAGCCCUAUGAGGCGCAUAGUCAGUACCUCCUGCAAUGGAUGUGCGAUUUCAAUCUUUACGGAUGUGCGUAUGUGGAAGUGGAAGCGGGCAAGGUGGGUUGGCGGGGUCCGGUGCCAAGUAGGGAGGAGGCGCAGGAGGAGGAUGUGGGACAUCUUUGGCAUGACGGGAGUAUAGGAAGGGAGGGGAUAUUGGAUGAGCAGAGGUUUCCACGAUUGAGCCAUUGUCAGUUGGAAGUGGAUAUCAGAGUUGAGGAUAUUAUGAAUAGAGAUCAGGUUAUGGCGAGGAGUUUACAUCAUUCUUUUAUUGAAAGGUUGGAGAGUCUGGAGAAUCUGCCUCCGGAGGAGAAGUUGGUGCAUUCGAUGGCUGGACUUUGGAAGGAUGAAACGCGGAGACGGAAGAAGAGGAUGGGAAUAGUUGCUCCUGGGUCUUCGCCUUUUCCGCCCGAGGUGUUGGUCAGCAUGAGUGCGGACCCGAGAAAUGAUAGCGAUGGUGGGUGGAUUCACGAGGAAGAGCUCAGGGGGAUGGUGGAUGAGUUGGCUAAGGGGGAGAGGAAGGCGAUGGGUGGUGCUGCGGUGAAGUUUGAGGACUUUAUCCGGCCGGAGCAGAUGGAGGACGGGGUACAGACUUGUUUGGAGAGUGUGGAGGAGCUAUUCAAGGAGAGGAUGGCUGCGAGGUGGGGUGCCCAAAGUCAUGGAGGUGAUAAUGGCAUUGAAGGUGAGAUCAAGGGAGAUAACGAUUCAGCUCCGGCAUUCAAGCAUGAGCAUGAUGCGCUGGUCGAUAUGAGCAAUAUCGCACAACUCCCUGUACACUCAGACGAAGGCUACGAUAGCGAUGAAGAAGCGGCACGCACAAGAGCGCUCACGCAGAAGCAGAAGCUCGAGGAUGCGCGUAUUGGCAAUGCCAUGGGAGAGGCGAAGGUCGAUGGAGAUGUCGACGAGCUGGAGCAGAGGGCUGAACAUCUGCAGCAUCAGCACGUUCCCAAGCAGACCAUAGCCGAGCUUGACCAGCCCCAUAUCGCGGCGAAGCGAGCAGCGCCUCCAUCGAGCCAAGGACCUUUUAAACGCACCAAGCUUAACGAUGUCGAGCAGCAAGCGCAGCCAAAGCGCAACGUCUGCUUCCGCAUCCACGACGUCAAGCGCGAAGCACCGACGCUUGCGCCCGGCCGGGUACCAGACAAUAAUGGUCUCAGCGACGUUCCACCCAGCUCUCAGCGCUUCGCCAAACCAUUCUCAGCCGCUAACGGCAUGAAGUUGCAUCCUCCACCACCAUCUGCACAACCGCCGCCUUCGUCCCAGCUGUCACAGCAGUCCCAGCAUUCAUCACAGGGCUCGGCGAAGCUGCAUUAUCCUGUUGUGAAGAACGCGCACGAUCCUGAAUCGCAGCUACGACUGAGCCAGCGCGAGAAGCUCGAAAAUGGACCGAAUCCGAGCCAGGAGAAGUCGGGCAGUGAUAAGCAGUUGUCCUUCACCUCGGUCGAAGUCUCUUCCGAUGGCCAUGUCUCGUCCCAGUCCACUAAGACGAACGGCACGAUCUCGCCUGCUAAAUCUUCGGCUCCUCAUGCCAACCCUGUUCUUGCUAUCAACUACGGACAAGCUUUCGCCUUCUCGCAAGUUGCAGAUGUCUUCGUCUUCGGCCUCGCAGCGCCUUCGUUCGCAGACGUGGAGCGAACGGUCGAUCCCCAUAUCGUCUAUCAGGAUGCUUAUUACAGCAAUGAGAAGGAUGUUCCUGAGCGUCCGAGGGAGUAUGCUGGGCAGGAGUUUCGGUUGGAAAGUCGUACGCUGCCUUACUUGCCAGCCUUCGACAAAUCCGGGGCACAGUCGAAUGGAAAGGCUGCUGGGCUUGACAAGGUGAAGAUUGGGCUAAGUGAGGCGAGGAGAGCUCGCGAGGGCAGACUUAGGACGUGGGAGAUCUUACGCCCACCACCUACAUAUGCAGAAGUGCAAAGCUGGCUCAAAGAUGAAGUUAACGAGCGCGGCAGCGAUGACGAAGACCGCGAGGUCGAUGGUCCACCGACAGCAUCGCAGCUGAAGCGCAAGAAUCGUCCUGCGCCUGAGCUGUCACAGAUCGAAGGUCCGACGCAAAAGCAUCGGCAUGGAUCCAAAUUCUCGCAGAAGAAAGCGAGUACUUCUGUUCAGCACGAGACGGGAUAUAUGUCCACCAUGGCCCUCGAGCUCCACGUCAACAGCCGAGGUGACCUCGCGCCAGACCCAGAGCGCGACGAAAUCGGCUUCGUAGUGUGGUGUCUAGCAGACGAACAGCGCGAAGACGAAGAAGUGAAGACAGGCAUCAUCGUCCUCGUCAAGGACGACAUUGAUCCCAUUGCGGACAAGAUGAAGAAAGCGCUCGGGGCCUCCGUGUUAGUCGACACCGAGGAAACAGAGCUAGAUCUCAUCAACCGCAUGGUCGACAUCGUACGCUCCUACGACCCGGACAUCCUGACGGGCUACGAAGUCCACAACAGCUCCUGGGGCUACCUCAUCGAUCGCGCACGUAUAGUCUUCGAAUACAACCUCCCCGAUGAAUUCUCCCGGAUGAAGUCCUCCUCCCAUGGCCGAUUCGGGAAGGAGGCAGACCGGUGGGGGUUUCAGCAAACUAGUACCCUUAAGAUUACUGGACGGCAUACGAUAAAUAUUUGGAGGGCGAUGAGGAGCGAGUUGAAUCUCUUGCAGUAUACGUGUGAGAAUGUGGUCUUUCAUUUAUUACAUCGCAGGAUCCCGCAUUAUGCUUUCAAGGACUUGACGAGGUGGUAUGCGAGAGAUCGGCCGGGAAGGGAUCUGGUGAAGGUGCUGGAGUACUUCAUCAGCCGCACGAGACUGGAUCUGGAAAUCCUGGAUGCAAACGAACUUAUCCCUCGGACCUCCGAGCAAGCACGACUCCUAGGCGUUGAUUUCUUCUCCGUCUUCUCCCGCGGCUCGCAGUUCAAGGUCGAGAGCCUGAUGUUCCGAAUCGCGAAGCCGGAGGAUUUCGUCCUGGUCUCGCCUUCGAGAAAACAGGUAGGAGCACAAAACGCACUGGAAUGUCUGCCGCUGGUUAUGGAGCCGCAGAGUGCUUUCUACACUUCACCGGUCCUGGUCUUGGAUUUUCAGAGUCUGUAUCCGAGCGUCAUGAUUGCUUAUAACUACUGUUACUCCACUUGUCUUGGCCGAGUGACGGAGUGGAGGGGGACGAACAAGUUGGGUUUUGCUGACUUCCGCCGGGAAGAGGGUUUGCUGGGAUUAGUGAAGGACUCGGUCAAUAUUGCUCCCAACGGCAUCAUGUAUGUUCGGCCUCAGAUGCGCAAGUCCUUGCUCGCGAAGAUGUUGGGCGAGAUUCUGGAGACGAGGGUGAUGGUUAAGAGUGGGAUGAAGGUGGACAAGGAUGAUAAGACGCUUCAGCAGCUUCUGAACAAUCGACAGUUGGCGCUCAAGUUGAUCGCGAAUGUCACUUAUGGGUAUACGUCUGCUUCUUUCUCUGGCAGGAUGCCCUGUAGUGAGAUCGCGGAUAGUAUUGUUCAGACUGGCCGUGAGACGUUGGAGAAGGCUAUUGCGCUUAUCCAUUCUGUUGAGAGGUGGGGUGCAGAAGUCGUGUAUGGCGAUACUGACUCCCUGUUCAUCCACCUCAAGGGUCGCAACAAGGAUGAAGCGUUCGUUAUCGGCAACGAAAUCGCCAAGGCUGUCACCGAGCGGAAUCCGAGACCGGUGAAGCUGAAGUUCGAGAAGGUCUACUUGCCUUGUGUUUUGCUGGCGAAGAAGAGAUACGUCGGAUUCAAGUACGAGUCACCCUCCCAAAAGGAGCCGGAGUUCGACGCGAAGGGUAUUGAGACGGUUCGGCGGGAUGGCACGCCCGCGGAGCAGAAGAUCGAGGAGAAGGCUCUGAAGGUCUUGUUUCGGACGGCGGAUCUUUCGCAGGUGAAACGCUACUUUCAGCAGCAGUGCACGCGGAUUAUGCAAGGUCGGGUGUCAGUGCAGGAUUUCUGUUUCGCUAAGGAGGUCAAGUUGGGUACUUAUGCCGAUCGGGGACCGCCGCCUCCUGGUGCGCUGAUCGCGACGAAGCGGAUGUUGAGAGAUCCGAGGGCGGAACCUCAGUAUGGCGAACGAGUACCCUAUGUCGUGACUGCUGGUGCGCCCGGCGCUCGACUUUGGGAACGCUGCGUUGAGCCUGAGGUUUUGGUUAGAGAUGAGAGGGUUGAGUUGGACGCCGAGUACUACAUCAACAAGAACUUGAUCCCUCCGCUUGAGAGAAUCUUCAAUCUGGUGGGAGCGAAUGUGAGGAGUUGGUUCGAUGAGAUGACUAAAGUGCAGAGGAUACGACUUCUCGGUACUGGAACCGACGUGGGUGUUGGAAAAGCGGUAGGCAAGAAGACAAUGGAGUCUUAUAUGGGUUCAUCGCUGUGUCUAGUGUGUCGGACACGACUCCCGCCUCUGCCGAAACAGGCGCUCAAUGCUGCCACGCCACUACCGCUGCCACUCUGCAGUACAUGUCGCACUUUGCAACCUCAACGCACUCUACUCGCUCUGCGUCAGAAGGUCCAGAAGGUGGAGAAGAAGGUGAAGGACUUGCAUGAUAUCUGUCGGUCUUGCGCUGGUCUUGCGCCGGGCGAUGAGGUGAAGUGUGAGAGUCGGGAUUGUCCUGUCAUGUACUCACGGGUCAAGGCUGAGACUGCCAAGGGUGUUGCGAUAGGCGGUGUGGCCAAGGUUGCUGAGGCAUUUGAACAAGAGGUCGCUGGGAAAGCUGAUCUUGAGUGGUGA